AUGACAGGGAAGCAGCAACCAGUGCAAAAUGAGCUGAGUCCAUUGGAGGCACAUCUCCAAAAGGGCCUCCUAUUUAAUCGAGGCAAUGACAUGGUACGGCGAUAUGCUCACAGCGACACGCAACCAUUGAGGCAUGUUCGAUUUGCAGAUGUUCGCUUACCACGGAAGAAUCCCCGACAACCCGUUAUGAAAACGGCCUUUCAAGAAUCCACAGUCAUUACAAGAGCCACGUGGUUCCGCUAUCAAAAGCAUUGCAAUGUAACUUGUUGUGCCCAAGCGGUGGCAAUUUCAUUGAAUCAGGACAAACACCGCAUCAAAAACUCUGUGGAUGGCCAAGACCUUGCAGAUUUGCUCCUCUUCGGCACGGCCCCAUCUCCACACCAGCAAUUCUUUGCAUCCGAAUUGACCGACGAGAUCAUUCCCUGCUUGAGACCGGGAGUGGUUAUCCACGCGGACAGUUACCGGGGACCGAUCGCUAGGUUCUUCAAAGUUCAUCGCCCCAAGAUCACAGUUCCAUACGUUCUCAUCACGAGCAAAACCGAUGGCGGAUCUCCCAUUCGAUAUUUCAAGGAUCGUCUGGAUACAGACCCCCUCUUGCUGGCAUGGUACGGCAUCAACCCAAACUACGAUAACAACGCGAACCACUCACUCUUUCGAAUGAUGAACUUGGGUCUGGCUGGCAGUGUUUUGCCCCAACAACCCACUAUGGAUAUUCUCAUGCGAGCUCGAAACUAUUCCAACCCGUUUGGCGGAGACAAGUCCCGUUGGACCGACCCAAAGCUGUGGCAAUCUGCGCGGGAUACCACGCCUUUGCUAUUUGCCAACUUUAACGUGCACAAUAAUGCUUUGCAUCGGCAAGGCCCGUGGGAGAUGGCAUGCAACAAUCGGACUAUGACGCCAUUGGACAAGAUCUCGUGCAAUCAACAAACCAAAGCGACUCUUAGGGAAACCUAUACCGCCGCCUCGCAAUACCCGUUUGGUUUGUCACCUCGAGGAAACGGGAAUGACUGUUACCGGCACUACGAGCUGCUCCUCAAUGGUGUGAUACCCAUUGUGGAACGACAGCGAGAGUUCGAUGCCUUAUUCCAGGACUUGCCGGUGCUGCAGCUGGAUCCGCAAUGGAACUAUACCCAAGGCGAACUCGUCGAGCUAAUGCACGACUAUGUCCACAGUGAGCAGUUCCUGAACAAUACCUUUGAAAAGGGCUGGGAAAGACUCUUCUUGGAGCAUUGGAGACGACAGAUUUUAAGUGACUCAGGACGUGUAAACGAGAUUGUCCAUGACGAUCAGGGCAACGAAUACUACACGGCAUGGCAGUACACUCUUUACAGAGAGCCAUUGAUACAACAAGCUACACCCGAACGCCUUGCGAGAUUGAAAAGGAAAAAGGAACAAGAAGAGGAGGAAAAGAGGUUAGCACCAGAAAAGCACGAUGGGGCAAUGGAGCUGGAGACAGCCUGA